AUGUGCGCGCACCCCCGCUAUGGGGGGUGCGAGCCGGACGGGGACGAGGCGGGGGCCCCAGACGCCCCUUGGGCGUGCCCGACCUGCACGUUUUUGAACCCCUCACGGCGGCAGCCGGUGUGUUCGGUGUGCCUCGCACGGAAUCCGUCGCCGCUGGGGGAGAAGGGGGCUCGGACGGCGGCGGGGGCAGGGGCGGCCGACCUCUAUCUGUGGGGGUGCCCCGAGGGCUACUGGGUCUGCUCCGUCGAGCACGGCGGAUGCAGCAAGUUCAACCCCAACGGGGUUUUCUACUGCCAGGUUUGUGAAAAGGUUCGACCAAGCCUGGCGAGUGUGCGAUUCUGA